UGUUUUGUGCGCUCGAUGACGUUUGUGGCCUGUAGAGCCUCCAGUGUUGUGUUGACACUGGCGGCGCCGUUCUUAUCACGUCCGGAUUAUAUCCAUCACAUCACUCAACUUGAUAAGAUCCGUCACCGUGAUGUGCAGCAAGUGACCAGCACCGAGAUCCUCCAGGCCAGAGUAAGAAAUAUUAAAGCUAUGGCUGAAGUCAUUAUAAGAAAAGUAAGACAAUUUGAUUGCAAGCUGAUGAAGAAGUUGAUGCAAGAAUCGGCUGAAUAUCAGAAAUUCCCACUUUGUUCUAUUAUUACUACCUCAGAAUUGGAGGAAGAUGGAUGGGGAAGCUUCCCUGCUUUUGAAGCACUUGUUGCAGAAGAUAACAAUGGUCUUUUAGUAGGGUAUGCUCUCUACUACUAUACCUACUCAACCUGGGAAGGACGCAGCGUGUUCAUGGACGACCUUUAUGUCACUUCCUCUCAUAGAUACAAAGGCAUUGGCUUCAGACUAUGUCAAAAAUUUAUUGAGAUUGUUCUUGAUGUAAAAUGCGCACGGUGGAACUUAACCAUGUUGAAAAGCAAUACUCAAGCCAUAGCAUUCUUCGAAGGUCAAGGUGCAGUUAACCUUUCCAUAACCGAAGGAUGGGACGUGUUUAGAAUGAAUAAAGAUGCAAUGGAGGCAUUUCUCAACAAAGCCAAAACUAUUGAGGGAGUGAAGAUUAGAGCAGCAACAGCCAAGGACUGUGUUGGCAUUAGGAAACUCAUCCAAGACUUAGCAGACUAUGAGAAGAUGCCCGAAGGACCACAAAUUGAUGACAAAAAACUACAAGAGGAUUGUUUUGGAGAGAUACCAUUUUACAAGGUAUUUGUGGCCGAGGAUGAUGACAUCCUAGUGGGUUAUGUAUUGUUCUUUUAUACGUAUUCUCUGGAUGGAAGAGGUGUCUACAUGGAGGACUUGUACGUGAGCCCCUCGCACCGUGGCAGAGGCAUUGGCUCAGCGCUCUGGAGAAAGGUGGUUCAGUGUGGUAUGAGUGUUGGAGGUUGCAGAUGUGACUUUAGUGUUUUAAACUGGAAUGCUUCAAGUAUUGAAUUCUACAAGCUUAAAGGAGCAACCAAUUUAACAAGUGAGAAAGGACACCAGAUGUACAGAAUUAAAGAAAGCAUUAUGAAGAAAUUUGUUAGAGAGUAAUAGCUUUAGCAAGUUGGUUGGUUGGCUGUUUAAGUAUUUCAACCUCUCCAUAUUUUAUGUAUUUAAAUGGUUUAAAUAUCAGUACUAAAUUGAUAAAAACUACAGCCUCUGCAGAUAUUGCAACUUCCUUUAUUGCAGCCUCCAUUGAGGUUCCACCUUUCCCUAUACUUGUACUAUAUUGCAGUUUUUGUUAACGUUCCAUUUAAUACCCCCCCAGUAUUGCAGUUUUAAUCGAGAUUCAAACUUCCCUUGUACUCUAAUAAGUGCAGAUCUAAUUUAGCCACACCUAAUCUAACUGUACAGCAUUGUACAUAUAAUUUCUGUUUAUCAAAUAUGUGCAUAGUGCUCUGAAGAGCUAAGGAGUCUUUUAUCAAACUCUGUAAUGAUCAGUAUUGGUGUCCUAUUGUUGGGGACAGGAAACCUGUUAAGCUUAUUGAGGUCUCUGUAGUCAGUGACCACCCUUCUCCAGGAUGUAACCGGCAACACUCUACAAAACUCUUGGGUAACUAUACAUUAACAGAGGCAGCUAGUGUAUGAAAAUAUGCCCUGAAAUCGACCCCAAGAUCAAUAAACUGUAAGCAAACCACAUUAUUCAUUGAUACAUGUAUUAUAAGCCUAGAUUUUGCAUUCUUGUAAAACAUUCAUAUCAUAAUUGUAUGUUGAACAUCUUUUCUCUUCCGCAUCAUCUACCAAUUCUAUUUAUUUAUCUACACUACACCUUAUUGGUUUGCCCUCUGCUGUGUUGAUUAUAUUUGUUUAUCUUUUAUUCUAAUUUCUUGAUAACGUAUACAAUUUUAUUUCUUAAAAACUAUUUAGAUACAGAGAGAGAUUCCUUUAGUUUUGGGUGAUGUGUUUGGUUAGAAUAAUUUACUCUCAACUACAGGGAAAGAACUUACUGGUUAAGUUCCUUUGUGUGUGGGAAUGUGUAUUAUGUAAAUAAAAUUCAUCAAAGAA